AUGCCUGAUUUAACCAAGUUAUUUCAAAAAUACAUACAAGUUAUAGAGGAUAACACUGAUCCUACAGAAAGAGAACAAUCAGCAAAUAGGAUCCAUAAGAGCGAUAACAAGUGGGAGAAGUUUCAAUCUUUAUUAUUGAAAGACACUUUUGUUUCAGAGUGUAAAGAUUUGUUUUACUGUUUGAGAGAAUUGUCCCGUGUAUUAAAUGAAGUCACAUCAUCAUAUUAUGGUGAUAUCACUGCCAAAAUCAGUAAUAAUAUAGGCUAUAAUAAAGAUGGAAAUAAUUUAGUAAAUAUGACAGAUCAAGAUAAAGAUAAUUUUGAUACGGAAUUCAGAUUAUUAUUACAAAAGUACGUAACUAAAUUUAAACAACUAGAGACUUAUGAAAAUGCACGUGUAAAAUUAAUAGAAGAUCAAUAUAUAUCACCAAAGAGUCAUCUUUCGAUGACAAAGUUUAUGUAUUCAACACAGCAUGCUCUGUUGGCACAAUAUUGCAAGACUAAUAUUCAAUAUAGGAGUGGUGUUUUGAAUUCAAUUAAUUUAAUCAUUAAAUCAAUUUCAUCCAGAUUCCUUUCAAUGCAGCAGGAAAGGUUAGCUAAUAAACAAAAAUUUGAUACACUUGAUUUUAAUGCAGAAGUACAGCCUAAACCUGACACAUCAUCAGAUAUGAUUUAUGAUGCUAUUUCAGUUUCUAUAGACACAUCAAAUCAAGGUCAAUACGUAGAGACUGUUCAAGAUGAAGUGAAGACAUAUGAAGAUACUAUUUCAAAGUUAACCCAAGAACAAAUACAAAUGUUACAAUUAGAACAUGAAGAAUUGCUAAAAGCCAAAGAUGAUCAACUAGCAAAUGUCAAAAAGAUUAAUAAUGCUAUCUUGGAUAUUAUGUCUUUACAAACAGAAUUAUCACAACAUUUACAAAUACAAUCACAGAAUAUUAACAACAUGUUAGAUAAUCAAGAACAGAUUGAAUCUAAUAUUCUCAAAGGAAAUAUACAGUUGAAGAAGGCACAGCGUUCUGCAAGUAAAUCUGCGAAAAUAAUUACAUAUGCAGCUAUAUUAAUGGCGAUCUUUAUCCUUAUUGUCGAUUAUAUAAGCUGA